AUCCAACUCUCUCAAACGUUUAACUCAAAGAAAAAAUAAGCGAAUACGUAUUGAAGCAAUCUGACUCGGAGUGAGGCUUUUUCACAGAACUCAGAAUGAUUAAAGUGAUUUGGAAUGUCAUAAAGAAGAUUUUUGGAAUUUUAUUGACAAUACUCUCCCCACUGAAAAGACUAAUAUGCAGAAGAAAGAGACGUACCUCAGACACGAUUUUGCCAAUGUCGAACCAUUACUCAAUUCCGCAAGAUUUCAACCAAAUGCCUGCAAAUACUGAAGAAGAGUUUCAAGCCUGGGAUGACUGGGACUCGGAAUCAAAGAGAAUAGCGUCCAAUGGACUGGCGGGAAAUUCAAGGACAAAGAAGGACUCCCUGGAAGAAGAGGAUGAUAUUGAUUUCUUUUCAGACAUGACGCCAAGAAUAAAAAAGCAAAAAAAGGUUUAUAUUGGAGGAAAUACAUCAUCUUCUCAGUCCAAUGCCAAUAAAUUUGCGCUUUCUGCAGAUGUACCCAUAAAUCAUGGUUCAGAGCUAGGGUCUUGGGAGGACACAGAGAAUGCCUGGGGGGAGGAGUCUUUGGAGGACCUGUCAUGGCAGGCUGACGAAGCCAUCAAACAGAGCAGGAAGACGGAGCAGCAGAGACGACUACAGGAACACGCGCGACGGAAAAUGGAGAAAGAGCAGGCCCGCAGCAAAAAAGACAGUUCAUUCGCUGCCGUCAGGCUAAGCUCUUGAUGCUAUUUGAUUGCAGUGAGUUCAUCGUCAAACCCAUGUGUCAAACAUUCUUGUGUGCAAUGGUCAUAAUACCCCAAAAGAGAGGCAACAUUACAAAUGAUACAUAGCAUUUAUUGUGUACAUACAUGUAACUUGAGGCUUUGAAUUGGUUUGCUAUUUGAUAUCCUGUUUAAAUAUUUUUUUUAAAUUGUUUCCUGGGCAUAUAGAAUGAAUUGUAAAACACAAACUACUGGUAAAUUACUGGUACAAAAAUUAUUUAUUUACAUGUAUGUUUUGAUAAUUUUAGCUGUACCUGCUUGCAUUAAGGAAUAUCAACUGAAUGUUACAUGUAAUUAUGUAUACAAUUAUUAGUUAAGUUUUGCUCUGUUUAUCUACACUUUAACCUAUUAGUGAAUAAGAAUUAAUAUAUGAAAUGCAGAACACAUCUGUGCAGCAAUGUUAAAUUAUUUGUUAACUCAAUAGAAAGAAGAAACUCUUGAUAAUAUUCUGUAAAUAAUUUUGAACAGGGUAUAUUUAUUUACUGAAUUCAAGAAUAAGAUUUUUCACUAGAAGACAAAAUUUUGUUCUGAAGUUCUAUUUAUCAAAAGUCAAUGCUUUAAUAUCUAACAGUUAACGUUAACCUAACAACAUUGAUAAACAUUGGAGAACGAUAAAAAAAGAAAUCAAUGUAUGUUUAAGGUUAACAGAAUGUCAUUUACUGUAUAAAUAGAUACUGUAAAUAAAAAUCAUUGACUAGGGAAUGAGUUUUUAUUGCAUACUUGAUUUUAGACAAUCCUGCUCUAAGCGUGGAAUUCAUGGAUGGUGAUUUAAAUGUGUGAAAAAAAGAUUUAGGGCUGUUUAAAAUUUUUGGAAUAUUUUUAAAAAAAUUUAGGAUACUUUCUAAAGUUACAUGUUCAUGUAAUUAAUUAACAUUGAUCUGUAUUGUGUGAAAGGAUUUAUUACAUUAUAUAAACACAUACUACCAUGGUUUCAACGCUUCAUUUGAAUCUGAUCUCUUCCACAAGAUGUACAUGAAUAUUUCUUCACGAUAUUUAUCCGAUAGAAAACAAGUGACAAAUAUAAUGGACAAAUUGUAUGAUAAGGCCUAACAUGUUUAAUGUGUUUAUUGUGUUAUUUUAAACAUAAAUUAUAACCUAUUCUUGUUCAGUAGAGGUUAUCACUCUUUAAAUCUCUAGUCAACCUUUUUUUAUAAAUAUAGUAGAAAUAUUCUUACUUUGUAUAUUUAUUUACCUUCCUCUACAUGAUCAAUUGAAAAGACUGUCAUCUAGAACUAGUACUUGCUGAAGAAUUUCCUGGCAACCUUGAAGAAAUUGAGUAAAAGCCAUGAAUCCCCCCCCCCCAUUUUCCUCCAUUUAAUGUCAAUUAUUUGCUCUAAAAUUCAAUAGUUCAUUUCUUCAAAUAAAUUCCCUCCCAUUAUAUAUUUAUGAAUCUCUGAAUGAAAAGAAACUGUCAUAUAUAAGUAAACAUGUACUUGAAUGAUUUGUGUAAGUAUGAUGCAAUGUAUAUUGGAAUGAAGAUUAUAUUAUAUUCUGGGUUUAUACUGGUAAUGUGGUUGCAAUUUUGUUUUCUUUAAACGGAAAUUCCCAGUCUUGCUGAUUUAUAAAUUGUGUACUGGUAUAUGUAUCACUGAAUUUGUCAUUAAAAAUAUUUUAUUCAUUGUUUAAUACUGGUUUUUGUGCUUUUCUCUGUAUAUAUGCAUUUGAUAAAGUCCUUUAGCCAUAGCUUGGUGAAAAGUGCCAAUGAUGUAGAUUUUAUGAUGUUUCCUGGUCUGUACAAGUUGUUAUAUUUAUAUUACAAAUCUAUAUUCGAAGUCUGAAUUCUAACAUGACAAGCUUCAUAUAGAUACUAAAUGUACAACAUAUAUGAACAAGAUCAGAAAUUUUGCUGAACAGAUGAUAAUUUGCCACUGCAUGUUAACAAGUGACACAACAAUUAGUUUGACAAAGAGCAUAUUUGGGUAUUAAAAUUUGAAUGUUAAUAGAUACUUCUCAUGGAAUGUGAUACACAAUGUUUAAUUUCAAAAUAUUAAAUCAAAACUUUUCAUUAA